CCCUAAUGGACCCUCAGAUGAGCCCACCUCUCCUGAGCAGCAGCCAGUUGUUGGUCAGCAGAUGUGUCAAAUCUCCUGUCAACGGACUCAGACCCGGUCAUGCACGGAACAGCAUCACUGGCCUGACCAAACAAUCAACACAGGUGACGACAACUAAACGCCUUUUACCCUAUUUUCGAAAUUCUUGUCACUGGGAGGUGAUGGAUGAUUUGCCACACAUGGACUUGGGUCCAGCUGUUGGAUUACCUCUGGACCUCAGCAUCCCUGAAAUCUUUGGAGGCUACUUGUUGACGAAAAGAUGGAAAUAUCCUUACAAAGACUGGCACAAGAAAUACUUUCUGUUGGAGAUGGGAAUACUCAAGUACUCAAAGUCACGGCAAGAUUUUAAGAGGAAGAAGGCCCAAGAUUUUCUGGAUGUAAGCCUGGCUGUUCUGUCCAUCAAAGCGAAGUCCAAACGGAUCACUCUGGAUGAUGGCAACAACAUCUACCACCUCAAGGCAGAGACCUACGAUAUUUUUAACAUUUGGUUGACAAAGCUUUGUGCACAUCGUUCGUUCAGGAAGAACGAGGCGAGGAGAGUUCAUUGUGAAAUUCUCCACGUGCCGUCUUUGGGCCAAAAUACACCCUCCACAGCCACAAUUAGCCAGAUGAAGAUGCCAUCGCCAAGACGUCAUCAUCGUGCACCUUCAGUGCUGGGUUCCUUUUCUGAAUAUUUUGACGCAAGAGAAGAGAUUGAGUCCCAGAGCUCAUUUGAUGUUGAGGCAUUAGGUGACAUCACUGCACCAGAAUGAUGAACUGCCAGAUUGCUCUGGACACGCCCACCGGAGCAGACGACACAAACUCUGCUGCUGUAUUGACUUUUUUUUUUCCCCCCCCACAAUUUUGUCUCAUUAAGCUAAUUUUUACAGUGCUGUUUACACCGUGUACCAAUGCAGGAUCAUCUUUAUCAAGGUGAAAACAUUUGUCAGGGAAAAAACUUCUCUGUCCAGCAGAAUUCAUGGGUGAUCCUUAGACUACGGGCACUUACUAUGUCCUUUGAUCAUAUUGUAUGAAAAACAGAAAAAAGGGGAAAUUUCACACUUUUAUAGUUAUCUUUACAAUGAAAGUGUGUUAAGAAAUUUUUUUCUAGUAGUCUAUGAUGACUUUUUCACCUUUUUUCAGCAUCAUUAUGUCUGUACCGAGACUCCACAUUCGGUGUGAACAUGCACCUGCUGUCCAAAACCGCAAUCUGAUCCCGACCAGGUUUCAUUUGUUGUGGCUCCUUUGCAGAGUCAGCUUGCCGAGUCCUAUUCAGCAAGCUGAUUUUGGGGAAUUGAACUAGGACUCGCAGUUUCCAAAUCUGAGUUUUACAGCGCUCUCUUUGUCCUAGCUUUGGUUGAUGGUGACAUCCAGUUUUAUUUUCAUCAAGAUGUCUUCUGUAGUUUUUGAGUUCUUUUCAGUGAUCUCACAGUUAAGAGAUGAUUAUAGGGGAAAGUGUUUAAAAAAAAACAUUCAAACUUUGAGUAGGCAAGUGUCCAAAUGUUCUACUUUUGGUAUUUACAGGAGAGUAUUUAUUUGCAAAAAAGAAAAAAAAAAGGUUUAGAAAGUACAUUCAUAAG